AUGCCGCCGCUGCCCCCGGCCAGGCAGAGUGGGGGCGCGCCGGGCCCGGCGAGGGGGGCGGCCCCAGCAGAGCCCCCAUGCCGGGGCGGCCCGGGGGGCGGCCCCUGCUUCCCCCACCCGCGCUCGCCGACCGACGAGCUCGCCGCGCGCGGUCCCGCUGCCCGCGCCGCUGCCGGUGCCGCCGCCUCCGCAGGGGAGCGAGCGCCUCGGCCCGGACACCCCCCCGCGCGCCCGCCGCCGCCCAGCGCGCAGGCGCCACAGGGAGCCCACCCCGCACGGCGGGCCCGAGCCGGUGGGCCCCGCGGCGGCAGGGCGCAUGCGCAGAGCGUCCCCGCGGCCGUCGGGGCUGGGACUAGCGGCGGGGCGGCCCGGUUCCCCGGGCCUCUUUGCCGCCGGGCUUGCGGCCAGCCGGGUGUGCGGAGGGGUGCGGUUUUGGUGCUGCUGUUCCCGCCGAGCUUCUCAGGCGAGGAUAACCCAAAAUCAUUGCGAGACAUGAGGCGGGAGGGAAAGGCACGGCCUCCGCCGCUGAGAAAUACAGCUGAUGGUUCUUUGCAGGCCCAGACAUCUCUUCAUCAGUUUAUAUUCCAGCACUCUGGAAAAAGAAUUGCUGCUUCCCAGGAGAAAAUGAAAACCUUUAUAAGUUUGGUGCUGGUAAAGACCCUGAAGACCCCCUGCAUGUAGGAGACAAACGUGCGUGUUGUAAUUGUUAUUACAGAAAAUAAAAAUCAGUAGGCACAAACUUA